AGAAACAUCUCACGGUCUGAGCAACGUAAAAAUAUGUGAUGCUCAAGUUUCAUGCAUUCUUACAUGCAACACCUCAGAUUACCAACACUUCUCCAGACUGAGCAGCUCGAUUUCUCAGAACUCUAAAAGCAGGAGGACAAUGUUUCAACAAUGCAAGAGAAACCCAAUGCAUUUUUUGGACAGGAAUCGAAUGUGCCCUGUAUGUGAUCAGAGGUCUCCCCCAUCACCUGCAAGUAACCCUUCACUCGAAGAAUUUGACAAACCAUGGAGGGCAGUGAUGUGGAGUGAAGCCAACAAACAACAGAUGCUGAGAAAACUGAUGGAAUUCCAGCCUAGCAUGCCAGACGUCAAUCAGCUCAGGGUUCUGCUUCAUGGCCCGAUUGGAACAGGAAAGUCCAGCUUCAUCAACUCUGUCAACACUGUCCUUCAAGGUCGCAACACAACAGCUGCACUGGUUGACUCGGCAACUGGUAAAAGCUUCACUACCAAGUUCAAAAUCUAUAGGCUGAAGAAAGAUGGACCAGGAUCUUACUAUCCAUUUGUCUUCUCUGACAUCAUGGGUCUGGAACCAGGCAGUUCAGAGGGGGUCCACACAGAUGAUAUAAUCAGCAUAUUAGAGGGCCGUGUGAGAAAUGGUUACAUAUUCAAUCCUGUUUGUCCACUUGACAAAGAACACCCUAAAUACAACAGAAACCCAAGCCUGAAGGACAAAGUUCACUGUCUGGUGAGUGUUCUACCAGCAGACAAAAUCUCCAUGAUGACCGACGAAGUGAUGAAGAAGAUGAAAAUUGUUCGGGAAAAAGCUCGUAACUUAGACAUACCCCAAGUAGUCAUCAUGCCCAUGGUGGACCAAGCAUGUCCACUAGUCAAAGAGGAUGUGAAAAAAAUCUACACCAGCAAGAAAAUCAAAGAGAAGAUGAAGGAGUGCAGUGACAGACUGGGGGUCCCAAUGAACUGCAUCUUCCCUGUGAAGAACUACAAUGAGGAGGUUAAAAAUAACUUUCAUCUGGACAUUUUAAUUCUGAUGGCUAUGACAGAUAUCAUUAUGUUUGCCAAUGACUAUGUAGAGGACCAGGUUUUUGCAGACAACGAUUAAGGAGAACAGGUUUUUUUCGAUGGCAUGGUGACGAGUUUCAGCAAUGAGCAUGUACAUGUGUUAGAAAGCACAAGCAGACACAGUUUAACAUCUAGUUUUGCUACAACAUUUUCCACUUAUUUUUGUUUAUUCUCUUAAUAGAUGGUGUUUAUAGUUUUUAUUGUGUAUGGCAUUUCUGGAGUCCAGUUUUAAACACAAAAGAAUAGCAAUUGAAACUUUCACAUGUACAAGAGUCAUGAAUGACAUUCCAGUCCAAAUUUCCAAGCAGACAAAAAAAAUAUGGGACAUGAAGAGGAAGCAACCAUCAGCAGUACUGUUUUCUGAAUGGUUACUGGAUAUAAUCAUGCACAAUCACAAUAAAAACUAUAGAGAACACUCAUUAAUGCUAUUUUCAUUAACCCAGUAGUAUAGCCUGCU